AUGAUGAGACAUCUGCAUCUUCACAACUUCACAGGAGCUGAAAGAGAGACUCCCUUCAUGAUGAACUUUGCUGUGGUUCUGCUAUUAACAUCAAGCUGCUUCGCCUGGUCUUCAGCUAUCUAUAUCUCCAACAGAGAAGCACCCAAGAAGCUGAAGUACCUCCUCGAGCCGCUCGCCCACGCUGAUGUCGUUGCCCGAAGGGGAGAAAACGCCACCUUACCGUGUAUCCUGAGAACCAAACCCAGCCAUUACAAAGUGAAAUGGACAAAGCUGGAGCCGGAACACGUGGGUCAGGAGAACAUUAUCAUGAUAUCAAACGCACACGCCUUCAAGCCAUACGGCCAUCUUGGACCGAGGGCUUCCCUCCAGAAGGCUCACACCAUGGACGUCUCCCUGCAGCUCCAUGGUCUCGAGCUGGAGGAUGGAGGCACGUAUCGCUGCGAACUUGUCAACGGCAUCGAGGAUGAGAGUGUUGUGAUUACGCUGAGGAUUGAAGGUGUGGUGUUCCCCUAUCAGAGUAAAAGCGGCCGCUACAGAUUCACUUACCAUGAGGCUAAAGAGGCUUGUGCUCAGCAGGAUGGCACAUUAGCCUCAUACAGCCAGCUGUACAGAGCAUGGACCGAGGGUCUAGACUGGUGUAAUGCCGGCUGGCUCCACGACGGGACCGUUCAUUACCCCAUUAUUCAUCCCCGACCCGCCUGUGGAGGAGAGCUGCUCCCUGGCAUUCGCAGUUAUGGACCAAAAGAUAAGGACCAGGAUCAGUUCGACGCUUUCUGUUUCACCUCCCAGACGUCUGGCUCCGUCUCCUACAUACCCGGGUCUUUCUCCUUCGAGCAGGCGAGACAGGCGUGUCAACGUCAGAGCGGAGAUUUGGCGUUGGUCGGCCAUCUUUACACCGCCUGGCGUUUCCUAAACUACGACCAGUGUGACGGCGGAUGGCUCAGAGACGGCAGCGUACGGUUUCCCAUCAGCAACCCCAGGGAGCACUGCGGGGGCAUCCCCGAGGCAGGGGUGCGCUCAUUUGGAUUCCCCAACGAGAUGAUGCAUCUGUACGGCGCCUAUUGCUAUCGGUAG